AUUUGCUACAAUUCAUGUCAUUUUCCCCCCCUUAUAGACCAUCACAAUUUUUGGGCAGAUUGUAAUAAACUUCCAGCAACUACAGGAAAAAAAUGGAUGAAAAAUCAGAUAGACUACAAUUAGUACAAUUAAAAUUAAUUGAAAUUUUGGAUUUCCUAUCAAAUUAUCUGCCACUUGUAAACUGUCAUUCUAACGACUUUAUUCUGAACAAUCAUUGGGACACAUUUCUGAGUGAAAGCAUCAGAAAAGAACUUGAAUCCUUCAGUACAAGUGAACUGGUAUCAUUUGUGAGCCAUACAUUAAAUAAUGAGAAAUCAAACCAACAGGAGACAUAUAGUGCUGAUGGAUCUGAUCCAGGCUUAUGGAAAUUCAAAUGUGAAUAUCUGGAGAAAGCAAGGAUUGGAAGUGAAAUUAGUGAGAUUUAUUCAUCUGAGAUGCAGAAAUUCCCUCCCAACUGGGUUCAUGGAAACUUGUAUUCUUUUUUACAUGAUGCACAAAAGCACAGUCUUCAAAAGUUGGGCAUUCUUUCACAGAUUAAAAACCUAUUUGAAGAUGUAAAUGAUAUGAAUCAAAACUCUGUGUUUAUUUCCACAUUUAUGAACCAGAAAAAAACUCAUGAAGUAGAGGUAAUGGGAGAUCUGUGUUUUAAGCUGACUCAGGAAUAUGACACUAAAGUGGUGAUGGAUCUAGGGAGUGGUAAAGGAUACCUCAGUACACACUUGGCAUUCCAGCACAAACUGUGUGUGAUUGGAGUAGAUGCCCAAAACAUCAACACAAAAGGGGCCACAAAGAGGGCAGACAUAUUAUCCCGACAGUGGGAAGGAAUAACUCGAAAUGAAGUUUUACGAGCUGAUAAAGUUGAGCCAGGAAAGUUGGGUAAAAAGAAGAAAAAGCUAAUGAAGAAGUUAGAUGUAGAAAAAGAUAUACAGCAACAAAAGGACUUCAAAAAAUCUGAUGAUUUGCAUUGUGGGAUAUCUGAUGAACUCCUCACAGACUUUUCCCAUUUAUUUGAAAAUUCUGGGAAAAUCUGUGAUGGUAAUAUGUGUGGAGAUGGCAAAGCUAUUUUGACUGGUGAUUCCUCUGACCUGACAGAGAAAUUUCAAAAUAGUAUAAACAUCACAGAAAACUCUAAUGAAGAUGUGGGGAAAGGAAAAAGAAGCAAAUCUCACAUAAAAAUCAAAACUGAUAUAGAAUUUGUAGAUUGUGAUGAUAUUUCCAAUAGUAGUAACAUUCCUGUUAAAAAGAAAAACACAAAAUCUUCAACAUUGAAAGCCAACCACUUUCCUGUUACCAUGUAUAUACACACAGACUCCAACCUCAGUGACAUAGUGGGCAAAACUUUGACACAGUAUUCAGCUCACACGGAAGGCAAGGGAACUUCCUCCAAAGAUUUCUGUGGAAUUUCAUCAGCAAAACAGAGCAUAUCUGAUAUGAUAGAAGUCUGCAGUGAUACAGACUGCUCAGAUGAUCAGAAAUGGAGUGAGAAAAACAGUCUCAUGCUCACAGGACUCCAUACUUGUGGUGGUCUGGGUUCCAAUAUUUUAAGACUGUUUGUUAAGUCAGAAGAUGCCAAAGUACUAUGUAAUGUAGCUUGCUGUUAUCACCUCAUGAGUGAGGAAUUUGUUGCCAGUCCAUUUAAAGAAAAAGAAGACAUGAUUGAAGCUCCUGGUUUUCCUCUCAGUGAUUUUUUAAGGAGAAACAAAGUUGGUAUAGGAAGGCAAGCCAGAAACCUGGCAUCUCAGUCAAUCAACCGACGAGCUCAAGAUGAGGAGGUGCUUGCUAAACAGUUUCCCAGAAUGCUUCUGCAAGUUAUACUUAGGGAUCAGCUGGGAUAUGUGAGAAGUGAUUGGAAAGGGCUUCGAAAGUUAGACCAGAAGUGCAAGGGGAUGUAUGAAUAUGUUACAAAAGCAUUUAUUAAGCUUGGGGUGCCUACAGAAGGAAUCACUGAGGAGCUUAUCGAUUACUAUUGUGAGAAGUACAAAGACCAGAAGAGGAAGUUUGCUGCAUUCUUUCAGCUGAAAACUGUCCUGGCUCCCUGCAUAGAAGCUGUCAUUUUGUUGGACAGGCUUUGUUUUCUUCUUGAGCAGGAAUCUGUUAAAGAUGCCAAAUUGCUACAGCUCUUUGACCCUGUGACCUCACCAAGGUGUUAUGGGAUUGUUUCUGUGAAAGCUUAAACAAUCAUGGACCUCUUCAGUGUGUUUUAGGAUUGCAUUUCUUAAAAUCUAAGUAAUUCUGGACCAUUUAAAUUAUCUGUGAUGCCUUGAUGAAAAUAACAAUAAAAAAUUUUUGAAA